CUUUAGCGAGGUAAUAACAGCGCCUGCGCACCAUGCAAAUGAUGGCUAAGCCGUCUUUCUUUUAUUUCAGCUGAAAUUUCAGCUUAACUUCUGCAAUAACUAUCAGUUUACAUGAUUAUAAAUUUGUACAUCAUGACCAGAAGUGUGCUGGUCAUCUGUUUCUUUAUACUACUUUUGAAUGAAGUGUUUGCAAAGGAAAGCACCCUAUCAGUUCAGGGGUUUAUCGGCUAUUCGGUCGUUUUGCAGUGUCAUUCUGGUAAUGUACAACUUGAAUCCAUCACAGCACACUGGAGAUAUAAUGAUUUCAAAAAUGUUUACGACAUAGAAGAUGGCAAAGAGUCGACUGGGGAUCAAGACCGCGUGUACAGAGACAGAACUGAAAUGUUCCCUGCAGAGUAUAUGAAAGGAAACUUCUCCCUCAAACUCAGGAAACUUCAAAACACUGACGGAGGGUCGUACUGCUGCUUCAUCCCUAAUAUUAAUAAACAACAGUGCACACAGCUUCAAAUAAAAGAGAAACCAAUGGGAAUCCAAGAGAAGCCAGGCACAAACUCUGGCGUUGAAUCCAAAGCAGAGAGGAUUGUCUCUCUGUUGAUCCCUUUCUUUGCUGUUUCUAUUCUGUUCUGUGUGCGAGUGGUAGUUUAGCAGUGUGUGCUUUAAGAGCAGAGCUACAGCAAGCUAUUAUUACAAAUUACGUUUAAUUAGGACUGUUGCCUAGUCUGUUCUCACUGGACCAGAGUGUGAAAUGUAUUUCAUUAAGAUGUAUAUUAUGUAUAGUUACAUUUAAGUUCUUUACAAUGUAUAUUUGUUUAAUUUAAAAUGAUUUAUUUUAUAUUUAAUUUAUUAAGCCUAUUUAUUUUAAUGUAUAAAGUUAUACUUUACAUAACAGAUGUUUGAAUAAGUUAACCUGUUAAAACUUGUGUUGUGUAACAGUAUACUGCCUGCAGUGCAAAUAAAUUUGUUCUUGGAAA